GCUUAUUAGGAUUGAGGCCACGAUACUGGCUUUGAGAUCACGAAGAAGGAUGAGGCGUGAGGAGAUCGUGGAGCUGUGGAGGGAAUGCCGUGGAAGCUACGAACUACUCUUCGUGGGGUUCUGUGAUCAGGAAGACGAAGGCGCGAGGAGGGUUACUGAGUUUUCUUGAGAUCGACCGAAAAGAGUGGCGUGCUGCGGCUUUGGUGAUCUAUACGACCUUCCACGGGACUUACGUGGCAUCAACCACGCGCGUCGAUAUGUAUGUGACCAACGGCCCGGCGGGGGGUGCCGGGGGUCAGUCGGGCGGCAGCGGUAAUGGUUUCGGGGGAAACACUGGUGGGUACAACGGUGGUGGGAGUGGUUACGCAGGGGGAGGAGGAGGAUUCGGGGGCGGAGGAGGAGCAUUCGGAGGCGGGAAUAACGUAUGGUUUAAUUGCGGGAAGGUAGGACAUUUUGCGAGGGAUUGUUGGUCGAGACGGAACAGAGGAUUCUCGGGGAAUAACGUAGAUCUUGAGUUAGAGGAAAUUACAGAGCAACAUAGGCAGGCGAGGAAGGAGAGGCUGAAGUUAGAGGAAAAGAGGCGUUUGGAAGAGGAACGGAAGGCGAGAGAAGAGGAUGACGCGAGGAGGAACGCCGAUUUUGCUAGGAAGGCCGAGGAAUUCAAGUUGCAGCUGCGGGCAGAACUCGUGGAGGAAUGGCGAAAGGAGGAUUGCGAGGCGAAGAAAGCCGUGAAGAAAACGAAACAGAUGAGUAGGAGUGCGAUCACUAGGCGGCAACGCAAGAAAGGGAGGAAGUUCGGCAGAACCGCUAGGAAGAUAGCUUACUCCGAGAUGAGCGAUGAUUCAGAUCCUGAUACCGGGGACUUGGACACGUCUGAGCUACAGUCUUCAUCCACGAGUUCGGAUGAUUCGAAGCACAGGAGACGUGACCGCGCACGGAAGGGAAAGAGGAGGGCGAGAGGAGUAUCGAGGUCGAGGAAGGAUAAGUCUAAGGAGGUCCCGGGGGAUAUCCGGACACGAGUGUACGAACAGGGUGAGUGUUCGAAACAAAGGAAGGAGGAGGUUCCGAGGAAUGCCGAUUUGGGUGAGGAUCGAAGGGAGGGCGAAGCUGAGCCUAGGACGCCACUAUCAGCGGGUUACAAAGGUCUAGCUGCUGAAUGCUCCUAGAAGGGAUUGAUCGAAUAUUGCAUCUCGUCGCAUUGGAUCUACUCCGUGAAGAAGGCGAGUACUUUGAAGAAGUUAUGCGAGCGGAAGGGGAUAAAGUAUACGGGGAAGC